UGAAAAGCGACGGUCGUAGGCGCCUGAAAUACGCUCGCACAUCGAGCUGACGAAACUAAGAAAAAACUCGUAAAGUUCGCGCAGUAGGUCGCCGCUGUGAUGCGCGCUUCCUGAAGACAAGUGAAAAAGAUACAAAAAAUAAAAAAGAAAUAAAAAAUUUUAAAUCGAAAAUCGUGCCAAAUUUAAGUGAACUGAAUUUUUUUUGUUUGGCUUAAUUAUCUAAAAUAACUUCAAGUAUAAUACUUGCAGCACAUAGUUGCCAUACAGGAAACACAAGUGAUUGAGCCGUUUGUGUAGCGCGCAUCCGUUUCCGUUGACGUUGACGUUGUCGCUGUCGUUAUAAGUCGUGUUGUUGUCUUUGUUGUGUUCCACUUAGUUAGCUCCUGUCGACUGGUUUAUCACUCGCUCGCUCGCGCUUAGUACGUUAAUCUGGAUUUCGUCGGAAGUUGUUAGUCCGAAAGGAUACAAGUAAUACAAGAAAACCAACAACAAGGAUUACAAAGAAAUUUCUCAACAUACAAAAUUCACCACAAAUGAUGAUUCUGCGGAUAUCAGCAGUAGUGCUUCUGCUAGCGGUCACCUUCAGCGAUGCCGUUGUCGUGAAGCCACAAUCGCAAUAUGGCCCACCACCUCAACGUCUGCCACAUCGUGAGUAUGGCGUACCACAGCAAAUACCCUUCCGUGAAUAUGGCCCGCCAGCACUCAAAUAUGGACCACCGAAAUUCAUAAGCAGUGGUAGUGGUGGCUUCUCUUCGAGUAGCAGCAGCAGCAGUAGCAGCAGCAGUAGCAGCAGCAGUAGCAACAGCUUCAACAGUGGCUUCCAUGAACAAAUCAAAACGCAUUUUGGCGUACCAAAACCAUACUAUGGGCCACCACAUAGUCAACAUAGGCCAGCACCUAAUUAUGGUCCACCACGACAGCAAUAUGGCCCACCACCAUCCCGACCAGCGCCACAAUAUGGCCCGCCACCGCCGAAACCAUCUCCACAAUAUGGUCCACCACCACGUCCCAGCUACGGUCCACCACCACAGUCACUGCCUUCAUCAUUACCCGCACCACUAUUCAAACCAGAACAUUCACCCGCCAGCUCUUAUGGACCGCCACCAUCGGGUCCACUGAAUUUACCACCAAAACCGGUGUAUGGUCCACCGAAACCUUUGUAUGGACCGCCAUUGCCUUUGCCUUUAGGUCUUGUCGGACCUGGUCCAGCGCCUGCUAAUUUUAACAAAGUGCCAGAAACAACGAUCAUUUUAGCAAGCGGCGGUGGCGGCGGCAGUUCUUCCGGUGGACAUCAUCACCAUCAUGGUGGCAACGGCGGCGGUCCGGUGAAGCAGGUUCAAAUUCAAAUAGAUGCCUCCGGUCAUACACACAGCGUAAGCGGCUCACAAGCACCAUUUCACACAGCUUGUGAUGGUUGGAAGCCAAUACCAGCGCCUAUAGGCUCAUAUGUUGAGGGCAACAACAUCGAGACUCAAUCUGGUUACAGUCAUGUUGCACAGGGUAGUUUCGGUACACAGUAUAAUGGAGGUGCAAGUAUUUCUGCUGGUUCCGGAGGCGGUCACGGUAGCGGCCCAAGUGGCAGUGGCGGCAGCAUUAUCGACGGAUUGACUGAUGAACAACUUGUUGCUGUUGCAUUACAAUCGGGUGGCUUCGACUCGCACUCAAAUGGACCACAACUUCCUCCAUCUGGACCCGCAGGAGACUUCAAUCAACAAAACAUCAAUUCCAUAGAAACCGACGCAUUACAGAUUUCUCUUGGCGGCAACGGCGAUGAUUCGUACAGCAAACCACCGUCAGACUCCUACGCACCGGGCUCAAUACACGCGCAACGGCACAAUGACAUUGGUAUUGGUGGAGUACCAGCACCACCAAGCGGUAAUUAUGGACCUCCACCACCACAACCACCACCAAUUGAUAGUUACGGUCCACCUCCUAGUGGUAACUACUUACCACCACCAGGUGCCAACUACGGACCACCACGUCCGCCAGCACCGCCCACUGAUAACUAUGGUCCACCGCCACCACCACCUUCAGGCUCUCUAUUUGUGCAGGAACAACACUCUAGCUCUUCAUCCUCUUCGGCUUCCUCUUCCCAGGCUGGUUUGCAUUACGGUUCACAAUCCGGUAAUGUGCUAAAUGUGCCAACACACGGUGCUUCGCAGCCUAGCCGACCGGUGGCUUUCCGUCCACCAGUACCCCAAGGGCUGCUAGAGUCAAUUGGUGCAACCGUCCAACAUUUGGAUCAAUUUGGCGUAAAACCACCCACUCAACCGCCCACCUAUAUACCGCCCGCUGCAAAUGAAAUCGCCAACCACGGCCCUAUUAACGUGCCUUCAGAGUAUGGACCACCACCACCACCACCUCCACCAGCGCAAAUAAACGUACCAAUCGGUGUUAUCGAACAGCAGUUGCCACAACAGCAACCGCCGCAGGACUUCGCACAGGUAAAUCGGCAACACGCACAACAUCACGAACAAAACACACAACACUUUCAGCAUCAUCAACAACAAUUGCAACAACAACAACAACAACAACAACAACAACACCAACACCAACAACAUAUACAACAACAGCAACAAUUUAACCAGCAGAAUUCAUUCCAGCAAUUUCCACCAUUGUCCCCACCUCCACCACAACCUCAAUUUCAAUUUUUACCACCUUUGCAGGAACCACAUGGCAACGCCCUGAACCAAUACGGUCCACCUUUGCCACCACCAGCACCACAACAGCAGUACCUACCGCCACCACCUCCACCACCACAACACAACCGCCCCUUCCUGCCACCACCACCACCACCAUCCCAAGAAUACCUGCCACCGACACAGCAAACUGGUCCGGUUACCUUCGAACAGCAGAGCAGUGCAUCAUCGAGUGCAUCGAGCUUUGAAAACUCGUAUUCAUCUUCACAGCACAACGAGCAAUUCAUACACGCACAAGCGCUACCCUUGCAACAGGAACCACGCUUUACACAGGUUCACGACUGCGGUCAGGGGCCAAACCUCGUGAGUGCCGGCUAUCAACUGCAGCAGCAAAAUCAAUACAAUACGCAGCACCAACAACAGCAGUUCGAACAGCAGCAUUCUCAACAAUAUGCCGCCUCGAACUCGGUCUCAAGUAACUCGGCUAACGCUUACAACGCCAUCUCACAGAGCAUACCCGUAGCCGAGCAGCACACACAGUUCGUGGAGCAUGAACCGGCAGACAGUUACGGACUACCAACUGCCGGCAAUCAUUUAGACCAUGACUAUGAUGGAUACGCCUCACAAAAAUCCUCCGUGGCCACCUUGCCCGACGGCACUGAUCCACAAGAAUUACCCGGCCUUGAUGGUCUCAAUGUGAUCUCAGCCCAAAAGUCGCAAUCCAUACAACUCACGCCCGCACAGGUAAGCGGCGCAGCGCAGUCUCAACACGCACCAACCUUCCAAUUAGAUAUUGCUGGUAAUGGCGUUAAAUCGUUGCAAACUGAGCAAUCAGCGCAUCACGAAGAGAUUCUCUCCGAGGGUCUACUGCAAUCCAUACUGACGGCCAUUGAGCAGCCACAGUCCAAGGGUGUACAGCACCAACACUCUGUGCAGGUGGUGACCAAUCAGCACAACAACAAUGACAUUUACGGUCAUGGCGCGCAGAGUCGCUCAGACACUGACAUUCACGAAGAUGCCACGCCCGACGAUGAAAACGAACCCGAAGUGGCCGAAUCUGAGAAAGUGGAAGUGCAGGUGAACGCCGACGGCGAAGAAGUGGCGACAGUGCAAGAAAUCAAACCCAUUGUGGCAGCAGAAGUUGAAGACGAAGCCAAGCAUUAACUACCACGAGUAAAUAUAUCUAUGUACUCGUAUAUCGGGUAUUUGUAGGUAAAAACAAGGCUCCGAUAUGACCGAUGCUAGUUAUCAUUGUUAAAUCUCUCAUAAAAUUAAUUUAUUAUAACGGUAAACAAAAUGACUCUACAAAGAGUUGAAAUCUAAAAUAAGUUUCAUAAUAAAAAAAAAUCAAUAAAAUACUUUUUAGGCGGCAAACGCAUGGCCGCCUUUAGUUUUUAAGUCCUUACAGCUCACAAUUAUUCGUAUUCAUUAUGUGAAAGCGCAGCUGCCACGCCUCUCUAAUGCACCAAUUAUUCAUUAUCAUUUUCCAUUAAGGUUGCCAUAUGUUAUUGUUUAUAGCUUUGCCUUUGUCCUGCAAAAUGUAAAUGGCGAAAAUUUACAUUUUUUUAUAUUCACUGGAAAUAAGGACACUCGGCAAAACACUGCGAGCAUCUUUUCAAUAAUUAAUAAUUAAUUUAAUGAAAAAUAC